AUGGUCAGUCGGCAGGGCAACCGUCCACUGGCUUCCAACGCUCACUCCCACUCGGAGCCCGCCAUGACGGUCAGGUCGGUGCUGUUGAAGCGCGACCCCGGGCGCUCGAUGGAGGGCGAGAGGAUUCACCACCGCCGGCGGCACAAGAUGCAGCAGGUCCGCUUCAAGGACUUGGCCGACGGGCCUGAGGAGGUGGUGGUGGGGGGGAGGACUCCCGAGGGCAAUUGCCAAGGGAUGCCGGCCCUGCGGAACUGGUACCCGGCCCGGCCCUGCUCCCUCACCCUCCCCAUCCCCCGCAAGGCCUGCAUGAGCACUGCCAUCCAGACCUCGCCCAGCCUCCAGAAACACUUCCCCGCCUGCCGCGCCCGCAGUAAGAGCGUCAGCGACCUGGGCGCGGAGGACGAUAAGGACGAAGGAGGGGACCCUCUAUCCGACCACUGCCCCGCCCCCGAGCUGGCGGAAGGCCAGGAUGCGGAGGAGGAGGAGGGGGAAGAGGACCAUGAAGGGGUGGUCAAGGAGCAGCAAGAGGCAGCGAUGAAUGGGAGGAUGGUGGAGACAGUGGCCACGUCCUGCAGGGAACACUGUCCUUCCACCCAAGAUAGAGAGAAGGUUUGUGAGAAGACCUCUGAGGAGGUCUCCGAGAAGGUAUCGGAGGAGGUCUCCCAGAAGGUCCAAGACUCCAACUCCAACGGUUCUUCCGCAUGCCAUCGCGCUAAAGAUCCCACCGUUCCCAAGGCGGUCCCAGAUACCCUCUUGGAGGGCAACUUCAAAGCAUUUAUAGCCGGGCAGCACUGUGCAACUAAGGGUGUGAGAAUCCUCUCCGCCAAACCCUGCUCUCCCAUCUCCAAGGUGAGUCCGCCAUCAUCCAAAGACAAUGACACGGACAGGUACUCACUGAGCCAGAGGCCGUGCCACAAACUGAAAGCUCCGCGGCACGAUUUGGACGGGGACCUUUCCGACUACGGAAAGACUAUGGAGCCUAGCCCAACGAGCCCCAACCACACGCUCGCCAAGGACCAAGUUUGCACCUUCCCCAAAUCCUGCUUGAAAACUCCGCUCAAUCCCAAACAGCCUGGCGUCUCCCAUCGGACCGACCAAUCUCAGCUCUGCAUCUCGGUGGUGGACCACUCGCAGCCGACCGAUGUCAAGAACCCACCAUCCCAGCCUCUCGCCAAGUCUCCUGUCCGAUCGGGAGGAGGCCACACGGGGCCGGCACUGAAGGCUGACGUCCGACUGGAACUCGUGCUGAGUGGGGGAAACCCUCAGGCCAAUGCGACAGAGCCGGCCGCUGCCGCAGGGAGCCAAGGGCCUAAGCCAGGUCGGACUACUCAAUAUGAAAUCACUUCUCUCCAGUCCAGACUACAGAACAUGGAGGAUGUCCUGCAAACCAGCCAGCAGACCAUCAAGGUUCUACUGGAUGUCAUUCAAGACCUGGAGAAGAAGGAAGCUGUUAGAGAUGGGAGGCAAUCUUACCACACCGGUCAGGACAUUGUGAACUGUGGGACAUGUCGGGACUGUGCCUGCAUUAUCUACAGUGUGGAGCACGACUUCAGACAGCAGGAAGGCAGGUUUCAUCGAGUCCUGAGCUCCCUGGAGACAGAGGCGGGCCAAAGCGCCGAGCUCCCUUCCACACCCAGUAAACAGGACGACUCACCCAAGCCUCGGUUGGCAGCUAGGACUGAGCCGAAAAAAUCUAAAAGGAAAUGCUUUUGGUUCUUGUGAACUUCGGAACUUACCGCUGACGGACUGAUGUAGAGGCCAGUGCAGAAGUCGGCUCCCUGUUUCCCACCUGACCACCACGAGCUUGGAGCCUCCUGCACCGUUGAAGCCAGUGAAAUCCAUGAGGUGACCGUUUUCGGAACACCAGCUUUUUUGAAUUAUCAGACAAAUUUCCGCAACGGAGAAACAAAAAGAAACUAUGCAAAAAAAAAAGUGUUCUACACAUCUGCAGGGUGUCAUUUAAGAAUGCUCUAUUUCCAACGUUAAAUGUAAUUGUUUAACAUUGCUAUUAAACACGUUUGUACAAAGGGGUCGGAGGGGAGGAGGUGAAGGAAGCUUGAGAUGAAGACCGUCGAGCUCACCAAACAUAGAGACAUAGAAAUGAUAGGU